AAACACAUUCCCCAUCAUCACCUCACAAACCAUUUCACCAAGAGCCAACCUAGAGCCAACCUAGAGAGAGAGAGACAGAGAGAUCAAUCGCAGACUAUCAAGCAAUGGCAUCGAUGACCAUGACCGCUACCUUCCUCCCUGCCGUCGCCAAGCUUCCCUCAGCCACCAGCGGACGUAAGCUCUCGGUAGUCAGAGCCUCCACAAGCGACAACACACCCAGCUUAGAAGUCAAGGCCCAGAAGGAACAGAGCAGCACCACAAUGAGGAGGGACCUCAUGUUCACGGCUGCAGCUGCUGCGGUUUGCUCUUUGGCUAAGGUAGCCAUGGCGGAAGAGGAAGAGCCAAAGCGAGGGACAGAGGCGGCCAAGAAGAAAUACGCCGAAGUUUGUGUCACAAUGCCUACCGCCAAGAUCUGCCAUUACUGAUUCAACAAAUCCACCUUCAUUCAUGUCUAUCUCUCUAUCCCUUUCAAUUUCGGUAAAUUUUCUCAAUCAAGUUUGGUCUGUAAUCGUAUAUUGAUCGAUCUACUAAAAGCCAUUUGAUCUUUCUACUAGAAUCGUUUACUUUCACCA